GUAGUAAAUUCAAUUAUUAAUUUCAACACUAAAAUUGUUUACAAUUAAGAUAAUGGAAGAAAAAACAAUAUCAAAGUAGAAAUCGAUCACUUUAAUAAAAUAGGACAUAUAUACAGCUAUAAAAUCAUUAGCCGAUUAAAGCUAUCAAAUUUCUACCGUGUUAGAUACGCCUUUUCAGCAUAUACAUAUAAACAGCGCGGGCUAGGACAUCGAAACGAGUGUUAAAAAACUCGGGACUUGAGUAACCAAAGCGGCACUGGCACUAACGACAAGACAAGCUGUAGUGUAGCUGUAGAAUAGCAGUUUUAUAAGGCAAAUGACAAUGCCACCUGGUGGUUGGGCCAUGCAACUAAACCGUCGGUUACCUAGUGGCUAGUACUGUAAUAGUACCCCAUCCCAUAAGCCGUAAGACCUGACCUUCUAUAUAAGCGUCUACAUUCGUUGCUGUGAGCAACAGCAAAUGGGUCGCUCUCCGGACGAUGGUGUCAGUACUGUCAGUAGUGUCAGUACUAGGCAGUAAUAACAGGGGAUUGCAGCUGCCGCCGUGACAUCGUGAGCCUAGUUUUUUUGAUAUUCUAUCAGGUUCUAUGCAGUAUAAAGACUGAAAAUCGAGAGCGUGUCCUUCAUCGAUCCCUUUUUAUCGGUGAUCAUGUGAAUAGUCGUCGUGCAGCUGCGCCUUACACACAUAUACACACACUGGCUGAAAGUAGUCUCGAAACUCAAGCUGACAUCUUCGGAUAGUCUGCAGCGCACUCGCCGAAGACGACAAUGUGAAGGUGGAGCAGGGAUAUUCGGCGGCUGUCAACAAUUACCAUUCUGGCUCCGUAAUGGAGGAUAGUGUGAGUGUCAAAUCUACAGAAUCAGUGGCGACUAGUGAUGAAUAUGAAUUUGUAAGUGAAAAAGAAACAAUCAAACAGUCACAGUCAUUGUUUGAGUCACCUAUGCUUAAAAUUGCAAAUAAUGGUAAUUUAGAAGAUCUUCAAAAUAAUUUACAUGAGGUUUUAACAGAAGAAUCUAAAAGGGAUGAAAAUAUGGAAUUGAAAAUAGUUACAAGUGAUAUCUCAAACAUUCAAAGAACAAAAACAAUUGGUCAAAGCAAAUUUUAUGAUAUUACUCCUAGUAUAGUCACACCAGAAAAACAAGAUGAAAUGAAGCCGGAAGAUUAUUUUGAGGAAGAAUUAAAUAUUUUAUCAGAUGUGCAAAAGGAGUAUACUAAAUUCGAUGCAGUCACUUAUCUUGGAGCAGCUAAGAUAGAUGCUCCCAAAUCAGAAGCUGAAAUUCAAAGAAACAUGAAAAUACUUCAUGAAAAUAAUUCUGUACCAAUGAAAGCAUCUUUGUCUGUUCCAAGCUGUUCUCAAGGAAGUGUCAUUCUGUACGAUUCAGCAACUCAGCAGCCUAUAAAAAGUUAUGAAGUCCAACGUAUUCUCUUUUAUGCUAGAGGGGAAGCUACUGGGCCUUGUGCAGCUUGUUUUGCUUUUACAUGGUCUCAUGGGGACACACAGGAAUCAGCAAUAUUUCAAUGUCAUGUUUUCCGAUGUGAUAUACCAGAGGCUGUAAGACAAGUGUCAUCUUGUUUUGCUAAAGCCUUUCAAAGGUUUCCCAGAUCAAUGACUAAUUCAUUGACAGGCAAUGACUAUAAUAAUGGUUUCAAUCCUAGCAGUGAUAAAACUAAUGCAAGAGUAUUCAUUUUUGAAGUUACUAUGGAAAUCAAAGAGGAGGAUGGAAAGGGUGCCUACAAUACCGUUCCCAAAGACAGAAAUUGUUUUAAGUUACGUAGUAAUGUUGCAAAGCAAGUGUAUUUAAGCAUACAACAAGUUAAAGAAGGUGGUAUCACUUUGGAGAUAGAGAGGUGCUUUGGUGUUUUAGUCAGUCCUGGUCGUAAUGUUAAGCACAGUGAUAUGAGAUUAUUAGAAAUGCAAAUAAAUUCUUCACCGUACGUAUCGGAUAAGCAAGUUUAUAGUGUCAGUGGACGUUGGGAUCCUGCAGAUCCAGCUUUAGAAACUUUGAACAUUGAAACACCACGAGAAGGAAAAAUUUUUAUGACAGUAGCUGUAGAUUUAGUUAUUCGUGGUAUAAGAGAACCUGUGAGAUUUGUUAUCGAGACUUCCGCUAAAGUUUUCCCCCAAAACGAAAGAUUCUGGUAUUUAAAUAAGAAAAAUCUAGUACAACAAUUCUUUCUACAUUCAAAAGAGAUUUUUUCAAAUGAAGGAAAUGAAAUUCAUUACGAGGUUCAAAAUAUUGAAACGUCAGGCGAAAUUGACAGAAAUAGAUUAAAUUUAGCAUUAAAUUUGGCUUCAUUAAUCAGAUCACCAUCUUUAACAAGCAUUGAUACACUCACUCCUAAAGAAGAUUUCGAUUCUGGUAAUUUAUCAGAUGGAGACGAACCAAUGCUCAGUGGAACCGGUGAAGUAUCUAAGGACUGUUCAGCGGACGAGCUUGCAAGCUGGGCCGAAGUUCUAGACAGCUGGCAAGUAAACGAGCAGCGACCAAAACUUUUAGUUAAACUAGUGAGACAAGGUAUUCCGGAGGCUCUUAGAGGCGAAGUAUGGCAGAGACUGAGCAAUUGUGAUAACUCACAAGAAAUGAUGGAUCGAUAUCGGAUGCUAAUUACUAAAGAAAGCAGUUGCGAAAGCGUGAUUUUACGCGACAUCAAUAGGACAUUUCCUGCGCAUGAUUUCUUCAAAGAGACGGGUGGCUUAGGUCAAGACUCUCUAUAUAGGAUAAGCAAAGCAUACGCGGUUUAUGAUGAAGAAGUCGGUUAUUGUCAGGGUCUUAGCUUCCUAGUCGCAAGUUUGCUGUUACACAUGCCCGAGGAGCAAGCAUUUUGUGUUCUGGUCAAAUUAAUGUACGAUUACGGCUUACGAGACUUGUAUAAAGACAGAUUUGAUAAUCUUCAUAUGAGAUUUUACCAGUUGAAUCGUUUCAUAGAGGAUCAAUUGCCCGAACUCUACAAGCAUUUCUGUGAUCGCGGCAUAGAAACGCACAUGUUUGCCGCACAAUGGUUUCUCACGUUAUUUACCGCGAGAUUUCCGCUCUAUCUUGUUUUUCACAUACUAGAUGUCUUUUUACUGCAAGGACUUGAUACCUUAUUCCAAGUCGCCCUCGGUCUCCUAACGUUUUGCAAAAAAGAGCUGUUGCAGUUAGACUUCGAAAGCACCUUAAAAUACUUCCGCGUACACUUGCCCAAACGAUGCCGCAACGAAGAAGUCUCCCGCUACAUUAUGAAACUUGCCUGCUCGAUAACGUUAAAAAAAUUAAAGAAGUACGAAGCCGAGUUCAUGACUUUGAAAGAGGCGCAAGAGAACGCCGACGAGUACAGUAACGAGGUGGAGCAGUUGAGGCUAACGGCGUCACGCGCCGAGGAGGAAAAGCAGCGCCUGGAGGCGGAGCUGGUGCAGGUGAAGGAGAUGCUGCAGAGAGAGGUCGGCAGGGCCGACACAGAGAGCAGGCGCAACGCCAUCAUCAUCGCCGAGUACAAGCAGAUCUGCCAGCGCCUCGAGGAUGACUACAACACUGCCAAGUCGUCGCUCAGCGACCUACGCACAAAAAUCGCCAAGUGCGACAAGUGUUCCAAGUUCACAUUGGAUUCUCCGGCGAGCACGCCGAUCAACCCGUUGGAAGCUCGAGUCGAUCCGAUACUCAGUCGGGCACAGGAGCGCGUGCGAGAACUGGAGCUGGAGUUGGCGCAAACCAAGCUGGCGCACGUCGAGGCCGAGUGCAGGAAUCAGGACCUUACCCACCAAUUGCACGCGACAGCUUCCGAACUACAAGCAGCGCGCAACAGUUGGCCGUGGCUGUCGAAGACAUUGUCGAGCAUCAAAGAGGCAGCAAACAAACGCGAGGUGAUAGGCGGCACCGCGGUUUCGGGGAUCCUUCGCCGCGACAGUGCACCGGCGGCUGGCGAGGUGCGCCAUGUUCACUCGCACAGUCGCGACAAUUUCAAGGAGGUCGUUUGAUACCAAGACAUCACCGAUCUACGUCACACACUAAUCAGCGGCUUGGCACUGUUGCGCCAACCCUUCUGACCCUCGAGAUACGACGUAUACUUAAUCAGGACGCGAUCUACGACGUUUCGUUGAAUGGCUUUUUUUUAUUACCAUUAGCCUCACUCACCCAAUUAUCUUUGUUUUUCUUUUUUACAUUUUUUGAUAAUGACAUGGGUUCGAGUUUAUCGUACUGUUGUCACUUCUGCACUGCAGCAUAUAUCUGUGCUGAUGUGUAGCUGAGUUCGUUAGAUUAUUACUUUUACAGAGAUUACAACAUCGCUACCUAUCAUUUGGCAGCUGUAGUGUGUCAUAAAUUCCAUUGUUUUAUUGUCGGGAAUCAAAUACUUUGCUCUAUACAAGAGCUAAUAAAAUGUAUUCGUAAAUGAGAUUAGCCAUGUACACUGUAAGACAUUUUUUAAUCUCGAGCUUUAUACUUUUUUAACGACUUUCAUUUUGGAUUUUGCAUCAGAUUACAUUUUUUAUAAACAACUAAUUGUUACCUUAAUAUGUGAAAACAAGAAACUGACAAAAUUAUUUUGUGAUGCGCUGCAGAAUCAUUUUGUAAAGCGGUGGUAUUAUUUUCAAAAUUUUUGUCCCAGUGCACCAAUUGGAUAAGAAUUUUUAAACAAUAAUGUAUUACAUUUAAUUUCAUUGAAAAAAAUACAAAAAUGUUGCGGUCACGAACGUUGGAAAAUGAAGAAUUAAAACGACUGUAAGGUGUGAAAUUCAUAAGCAAUCGGUGAAGUUCGUCCAGUAAUCAUUCCUAUAAAGUUGCGUAUAAUAAAAGUGAGUAAUUACGAUUGCUUAUUGAAUGUUGACAUUCCAAAAAUAUAGUACCGAGAAAUGCGUAUGAGUAACUAUUUUUAAUGUAGUAAUUGAGAUUGGCGUGAAAAAAAUUAUUAUUAAUCAACAUUAUCGAAGCCUUUACAAUUUCAAUGUUUUUGAUAAAAAAUUAUUUCGACCAUUUUAUAAAUUCGUAACAUUCAGUUUACAAAAGAAAUUCCAAAAAUGUAAUUUAGACUUAAUGUUACUUAAUGAAAUGUAUUUUUAAUGAUUGGAUACUAUAAAAAAGAGUAUAUAUUUAGUAAAAAUAUGCAAUUGAUUACUUUGCACUUUAAAAUAAGUAAUAAUAGUAUCACUUUAUUUCGAUAUCAGAGAAAAUGUUACAAACAGUAGAGUUUAUCUUCAUAAACACCACGAGUACAUAUUAUUUAACACAAUAUACGCAAUAAUUGCAAUAUCAGUCUAUGAAAAUUAGUCAAUAAUAUUAUUUUGAUGUAUAUAAUUGCAUAGUCACGUGAAUCAAUUUCUGACCGGCAAAUGUUGUAAAAAAAGAAAAAAAUUGGUUUAUAAAUUUUUCGUUGUGCCAUAGUUACAAAAUUCAUGCAUUGAAAGUAUAAAAAUUAAUGCAUUAUUAGUGUGACAUAACAAGUGAGUCAUGUUUAUAUGUUAGUUUCCGUUAUAAUUAUAAUGCUUGUAACUUAUUUUGGUUUCAAUAAAUUUUCAAAAGUUCAACUAAACUAAUUUCGUAUAACUUCAAAUGUUAAUAUUUGUGUGUCAAGUGCUGCAGGUAUAUAAACAGCAGAUUAUAUAUCUAAACCCGUGUAAAUAUACAAAAUUAGUGUGUAAUGGGAUAUAUAAAAUAAUAAAAUGAAAUUUAUUGGUAUAUUAGUAGACUACUACUUUAACAAAAUGCCGCUGAAAAAAUUUAUUUCAUGGUCCCUAGAAAUUAUUCCAAACGGAGUACAAUAAUUUC